UUUCUUUUGAUUGCAGUGAAGAGGAAAGGAGUUACCGUCGAUAACCGAUUUUGCUUUCGGCCCAAUUUCAGAAUUUGAGAUGAAGUUAUCGGAUUUGAAAGUUGCAGACUUGAAAUCAGAGUUGGAUAAAAGAGGCUUAGAUAAAUCAGGUGUGAAGUCUGUAUUAAUAGAACGAUUGCAAAAUGCACUUGAAAAAGAAGGUAUUGAUCCCGAUGAGCACGAGUUUGAACUCGGUACUGAUGUGAGAAAUUCGAAACGAAAAAGUGAUACUGGAACACAUUCUGAAGGGGGAGAUGAUGAAGACAUGGAUACCGGAGAAAUAAAUCAAAAGGUAAAUUCAGGUGUUACUGGAAACUUAGAAGAAAAUGAUGAGGACGAUGAUACUCCCUGUAGCGAUGAAGAAAUGGAUGAUUAUAAACAUAAAGAAGAUACAGAAAGUGCCCGUUUUCGAACCGCGACACAGAUACGACAAGAAGCACCUAAGGAUGGAAAAGAUACGAAUGUUGAGGGGGAUGUUGAACAAAAUUCUGAGACAUCAAAAUUAGAUGAUGGUGAAUCAAAUAAAGAGGGAAUUCUGUCUGACCCGGGUGCACCAGCAGCAAUGGAAACAGCUGAGACCGGCAGUACCGAUUCAAAAGGUAAUAAGAGUAAAGUUCUGAAAGUUAUUGGUAAAGAUAAAGUCCAGCAGGUUGCAUUAACUGCUCGUACACUUUGGGUUACAGGUUUAGCUAGCACAUCUAAAGUUUCUGAUCUUAAAAAUCUUUUUAGUAAGCACGGAAAAGUUACUUCAGCAAAAAUUGUCAGGAGUACUAAAGGUACUCAGAGGAAAUGGUAUGGUUUGCUUACAAUGGCUACAAGUAAGGAUGCUUCAAAGUGCAUACAAAAGUUGCAUCGAACAGAAUUUGGCGGCCAUGUGAUAUCAGUUGAACGUAGGCAGACAGCACCAAUUGUAAAAAAGUCUGAGGCUUCCACUGUUAAAAAGCAAAUUUUAAAGGGGGAUGUAAAAGAUACUUCUGCUUUGAAAACGGCUGAUGCUAAGAAAGGGCAGUCUGAUGAUGAUAAACGAAAGGAAUCUUACUCGGGGGAUGCAGGUGAAGAUAAAGAUAAGAGUGAUGAUGAACGAGGAAGCACCGAGAGAAGUUACAGAGGUUAUGAGGGUAGAUCAUAUUUCAGGGGGCGUUAUGGUAGAGCACCAUUUAGACGACCAUUUGGUUUUCGUGGUCGUGGGCUAUCUUUCAGGGGACGGGGACGUUUUUCUGGUUUCAGACGGCCGUUUGGUCGUCCACCUCCUUUUGAGCGUCCUCCUUUUCGUUCUUUCUCGAGAGGUGGUUAUAGUUUUGAAUUUGCUAAAAGGGGUGGUCGAAUUCCACCUAGAGAUUAUAUUCGAGAUAUGCGAGAAAGAGAAAUUAGAAUGAAACGAGAGGAAGAAAUGUUUAGGCACAAAAUUAUUGUUCGUAAACAAAAAGAGGAGGCUUACAGAUUGGAAAGAGAAAAAAAUCAGUUGCGUCUUGAAAGAGAAAUGCUAGAAAGAGAAAAGGCUGAAAUGCUGAAAUUAGAAAGGGCGAAGCAGCGGAUGGAAAGAGAGCAGUUAGAAGUAGAACGUGAAAAAUUGAGGCGUCAGGCCCAUAUGGGUCAUCCAUCAAAGAGACCUUUUAACCGCCGAGGCGGUGGUCCGCCUAUGUGGGCUGAAAAAAGGAGAGAAAUACCUUAUGAUGACCCAUCCGCUAGCUUCCAUAGGGAUAAAUUUCCACCUGAAAAUAAAUUUCCAUAUAAUCGUGAGCAUUCAGCUUACAAGAAACCAGAUUUUCCCCAUGAAGAUUUUAGGCGAGAGAAAAUUGAUGUGCCACCACCUCAUCCCAAAUUUGCUGAAAGGGAAGAGCGUAGAGAAGUAACAUACCAUGGUGGUCCUGACCGUCGGGUCUAUUCCCGAAAUGAAUUCAGAGGCCCCCAUCCGGGUCCUAGUUCUUCUCCACCACCAAAACAUUUCCCGCCAAGAAGCAAGCCUCCUCGAGAGGAAUGGAAAUUCCAUGAGCGUCGAGGAGGAGAUAAACCAGGCUAUCCUCCAAGGGGCCAUAAAAGAAUGGCUUAUUAUUGAUGUGUGUAAAAAAAUACUCACCUAAACAUGUAUUCUCUGUUGACUUCAAAUCACUGUCUGAAAUUGAAAUGUUCUUUAUUAUUUGGAUUCUGAUAUUUUGUAGUUGUAUAGACAGUUAAAAAAUUUUUAAUAGGCAUAUAUCAGAAGACUUUUAGUAGUAAUGACAUUGCUAAAAUUCAUGAGAAAUCUUGUUUCAUAAUUUAAUUUUCCACUUAAUAUUUGAAUAUUAUUUGUACACCAUUGGAGACCAAACAUAAAAAUGGUAUGUAGGAUUUUUUAUGUUGAUUUUUACGUGCUGAUAUUACCUUCAGAAAACUUUUUUUCCUUGCUUGUAACUGCAUUGUGAUGUGAGACAAAAAGUUCAUUGUUUUGCAUUUUAUUGUUACUCAUAAUAUGUUAUUCUGAAGAAAAAUCAUUGCAAAUUUUCAUUCUAAAACAAUCAGUUUUUUAGUCUGUCUGCAUUGUAAUUUUAAUUGCAUAUAUAGCCUUGUAAGAGCAAUUAAUAUUUUAGUAAGAUCAUACUUUGGAAUUUUAUCUUGUUAGUUGUAUACUGAAAAUAGAAUUCAAAUUGGAAAUUUUUCUUGUUAUUUGUAUAUUGCGAAACAGAAUUGAAAUGAAAAUUUAUCUUAAUUUGUAUAUGAAAAAGAAAAGUAAAGAUUAUCUGUUAUAUUCUAGAAACAGAAAGUAUUCUACAGUGUUUGCUUUUGAAAACUAUUUGCAUUGAUGCCAUUUUUGCCAUAUUUUUGUUAAAUAAAUUGCCAGAAAUAAGUUCACAUUUUGUAUAGUUCAUCUGAAAGUCUGUGUAUAUCAUUCAGUAGAUUUUGAACAUUUUAAGAAAAAAAGUAUGGAAAUGCUAAGAAAAAAUAUUUUUAACCAAAAAGUUUUCUGUGCAUAUUUGUAAUCUGCUAUAUUACAUGUUUGUGAACUUGAAGCAUAUUAUAAAGAAAUGUAAUAACCUCUGAUGCUGAUUCUUAGAAAUAUGUUUAAGAAAAAUGUGAAUCAUUUGAUAAAAGUGCAGUUUGGCGAAACAGUGGAUUGAUUAAUAAAAGAAAAAUAAUAAUUCA